AAAGAAGACCUUGUUUUGGGAAUUCACUAGGCUGAUCAUUCGUUGGAUUAACGUUGCUUGGAAACUGAUUUGAGGUUCAGGUUCUAACUCUAUCCUCAUUAUUCCACAACAUUUUCCAAGUUCAGCGUUGAAGUUCUUAUUUGAAAAAAAAAAAAAACAUAAAAGUUCCAAAGGAUAAAUAAAUACCUCUUCCCUAGCCUUCAGUACUCCUUUGCUUGUAGAAAAUGUACGAGGAAUCCACAAAUAUAAAAGAUUACCUCGAGCCUAUACAAUUACUGAUUCAAUCUGUUCAUUUCUUUUUCUGCUAAACCAUCAACUGUAAUAUAGAAAAAAGCAUCGUGCGUGAGCUAGAAAUCUGUGUCAGCUAUGAUGGAUCGUGGUCAAGAGAAAACCGUACCUGCUGGUAGUGACUUGUCUCUGAAGAAGAAGGAGCUUCUUUCUAGUGCCAUGAAGAGAACAAGUGAAUGGAUUUUUUCUCAGGAGAUUCCAAGUGAUGUCAACGUUCAAGUUGGGGAAGCUUCCUUUUCGUUACAUAAGUUUCCAUUAGUCUCCAAGUGUGGAUACAUUAGGAAACUCGUCUCAGAAUCUAAUGAUGCUGACGUUUCAUUCAUUGAGCUCCCUGAUGUUCCUGGUGGAGCAGAAGCAUUUGAACUAGCAGCAAAGUUCUGCUAUGGGAUAAACUUCGAAAUAAACGUUGAAAACAUAGCUACGCUGUGCUGUGUGGCCGAGUAUCUUGAGAUGACAGAGGACUAUUCAGUUGGAAACUUGAUGGGAAGGACCGAUGCUUACUUGAAUGAAGUGGCACUAAAGACCAUUGCAGGGGCUGUGUCUGUUUUACAUAUGUCAGAGAAUCUCCUUGCAAUAGCAGAGAGAGCAAAGUUGGUGAGUAGAUGCAUAGAUGCCAUUGCAUUUAUAGCAUGCAAAGAAAGCCAAUUCUGUUCAUCUGCAAGAAGUGAGAGUGGUUCUGUGGGAGUAGUGUCUUCCAUGGCAUCAAACCAGAGACCAGUAGUUGACUGGUGGGCUGAAGAUUUAACUGUGCUUAGAAUUGACAUUUUCCAAAGAGUCAUAAUUGCAAUGAUGGCAAGAGGGUUUAAACAGUAUGCAAUUGGCCCCAUUCUAAUGCUCUAUGCACAGAAAUCUCUACGAGGUUUGGAUGUAUUUGGAAAGGCAAGGAAGAAGAUUGAGCCGCGACAAGAGCAUGAAAAAAGGGUUGUUUUAGAGACAAUAGUGAGCCUUUUGCCAAGGGAGAAGAAUUCAAUGUCAGUAAGCUUCCUUUCUAUGCUGCUUCGGGCAGCAAUAUAUCUUGAGACAACAGUUGCUUGCAGGCUUGACUUGGAGAAGAGGAUGGGCAUGCAGUUAGGACAAGCUGUUUUAGAUGAUCUUCUCAUUCCUUCCUACUCUUUCACUGGGGACACAUUGUUUGACGUGGAUACAGUGCAUAGGAUAAUGUCUAAUUACCUUGAAUCUCAAACGGGAAACCACUUGGUCUUCAAUGCAGAUGAUGAAUACUUUUCUCCUCCACAGAGUGAUAUGGAGCGGGUUGGAAAGCUAAUGGAAAACUACAUUGCUGAAAUAGCCACCGACCGAAAUUUAGCCGUUACAAAGUUCACCAGUUUGGCAGAAUUAAUUCCUGAACAGUCAAGGCCAACAGAAGAUGGGAUGUAUAGAGCCAUAGACAUCUUUCUUAAGGCUCAUCCUGCUCUAAGUGACAUGGACAGAAAGAAAGUUUGCAGCGUGAUGGACUGUCAGAAGUUAUCGCGAGAGGCAUGUGCGCAUGCCGCUCAAAAUGACCGGCUACCUGUCCAGACAGUGGUUCAAGUUCUCUAUUAUGAACAGCAACGACUUCGCAAUGCCAUGAAUGGCAGUAGAAGUGGGGAAUCUUCGGUUGAUUCCAAACUGAACGUAUACUCCACUGAUCUUCAUCCAGUUUCAAAUGAGCUCUCCACCUUACGAAGAGAAAAUGAAGACCUGAAAUUAGAGUUAGUGAAACUGAAAAUGAGAUUAAAAGAGAUCGAAAAUUCCACGCUUAAGUCAACGGUUAAUAGUCCUGCUGUAAGUGCUUCACCUUCUGCUGAUAAGCCUCCUUUGCCUCGAAGAUCAUUCAUGAGUUCAGUGUCCAAAAAACUUGGGAGGCUUUCUCCUUUUGUGCGUGCCGAUGGUGUCUUGCCUUUUCCCAAAGGUCGCACAAAACCAAAUAAGAAUCGACGCCACUCCAUUUCCUGAGGCCAUUGGUAGUUCUUGGUGUGCAGACUAAAGGUUCUUCCUUAGAUUCAGGGGUUUGAAAAUACAGGAUUAGUCUUUCCAAGUUUUUUGCUUCAUUUAUGUGAUACCAUUUAGAUUGUAUGAGUAAUGAUCAUGAUCCUUUGGUGCGAACUAUAUUGUAAAGUGUGAUGAAAAUUUAAUAUAAUUGUAGAGUUGGAUUGCUGUCUAGCCGGUGAGUGGCAGUAAUAAUGUUGUAAUACAAGAAUAAUAAACUAAAUUUAACA